AUGCCAUGCUAUGCCGUGCCGAUUGCAAUGAUGGGAUCCAGACUGGCGACACAUGAUAACUUGUUGGACUUGGGCGGCACUGGAUAUAUUGGCUCGUAUAUCCUCGACCAGAUUGUCAAAGCAAAGGAUUCGUUUGGAGGUAUCGCCAUCUUCACCUCGCCGAGUACAACAGAUGAGAAGGCGUGGCUGCUGAACAACCUGCGGGCGAAAGGAGUGAGGGUUAUUAUAGGCAGAGGACUCGGUGAAGGCAUUCCAAGGUGUGUCCAUGUAAUCAUCAGCGCCGUCGGGCGAAAUGUAAUUGCAGAGCAAAACAACUGGAUCGAGUUGGCCGAGCCAGCUCCAACAGUCAAGCGUUUCUUCCCUUCUGAAUACGGAACCGACAUAGAAUAUGAUCCCGAGUCUGUGAGCGAGCCGCCGCAUCAGCAGAAACUGAAGGCCCGGGCGGCGCUGAAGGAAGUGAAAGACCUUGAGUACACGUAUGUCGUGACUGGGCCUUUCGCAGACGUUGGUGGCUAUCUUGGAAAGAAUCCACACCCACCAGGUAUCGGAUGCUUCAAUGUCAAGGAGAAGAAGGCCGUGGUCAUCGAGGAUGGGAAGGUGCUAACGGCAAGUAGUGUUGGGAGAUUGGUCGUCAAAGCCUUGAUGCACCCCGAUGCUUCUCGCAACCGUGCUCUUCGAGCCAACUCCUUCACUACCACUCCCUUGAAAAUCGUCGCUGAGUUUGAGAAGCAGACUGGGGUGAAAUGGGACAUUUCUUAUAGUAGCCUCGAGAAAGUGCGGGAGCUUGAGAAAGAAGCGUACGACAACAAGAACACAGCUGCUACUAGGAUCUGGGGAUCCGGGGGAACCUUGUAUGAGCAGCGGGAUAAUGGUCUGAUUGAUGCCGAGGACAUGGAGACUUUGGAGGAUGCUAUCAAAGCUACCAUUGCAGCCCAGCUGUCCGCGAAUUCUUGA